AUGAGACAAGGAAAUGAUAGAAAUGAAUCAAGAAAUGAAGGUAGAGUUAGAACAAAAACCGUUAAAAGAGCUUCAAAAGUUCUUAUUGAACGUUAUUAUCCAAAAUUAACUUUAGAUUUUGAAACCAACAAACGUUUAGCUUCAGAAAUUGCUGUUAUUCCAUCAAAACGUUUAAGAAAUAAAAUUGCUGGUUACACUACUCAUUUAAUGAAACGUAUUCAAAAAGGUCCAGUUAGAGGUAUUUCUUUCAAAUUACAAGAAGAAGAACGUGAACGUAAAGAUCAAUAUGUUCCAGAAGUUUCUGCUUUAGAUUUAUCAAACACUAAAAACCAAUUGGAAGUUGAUCAACAAACUGCUGAUUUAGUCAAAACUUUAGGUUUCAAAUUACCAUUAUCUGUUGUUUCAAUCUCUUCUCAAAGAGCUCCAGAACGUCGUUUCAGAAAAAGAAACUAG